GUUUUAUCCUCAUAAACCAUACCUCGUAUAGCUUUUAACACUGUCAUAUAGGCUAAUUCAUUACAUUAGAGUUAACUGUCUCCAGGGAUGACUCCACCCACUGACAUGGACUGUAUAAAGUCAAAGCAGAAGCAGAUUUGUGGCUCAACAUGUUCAAGAUGAGAAGACUCAUACAACUCUGUUUGCUGGGAUUAAUUGCUGCUGUAGUUCCACUAAAAGGAGGAUUGGUAGCUAAAAGAGAUACAACUCCGACUGCUACGCAAAAUCAAGGGGUUUCCACAUACAGGUACACAGCAUUCCACAAUAAUUCCACGUUUUCUAAUGGAACAGGUGCUAAUGAUACAGAAACCAACCCAAGCGAGAAACCAAGUGACAGCCCAGUAGAUGAUCCUGACGAGCUGACUGGGAAGAUAUUUCCAAUAGUGAACACUGGGGGGUUUCCACCUCCUCCUGCUUACAAAGAGAAAUCCAAGGUAGCUAAAAGAGAUACAACUCCGACUGCUACGCAAAAUCAAGGGGUUUCCACAUACAGGUACACAGCAUUCCACAAUAAUUCCACGUUUUCUAAUGGAACAGGUGCUAAUGAUACAGAAACCAACCCAAGCGAGAAACCAAGUGACAGCCCAGUAGAUGAUCCUGACGAGCUGACUGGGAAGAUAUUUCCAAUAGUGAACACUGGGGGGUUUCCACCUCCUCCUGCUGACAAAGAGAAAUCCAAGGUAGCUAAAAGAGAUACAACUCCGACUGCUACGCAAAAUCAAGGGGUUUCCACAUACAGGUACACACCAUUCCACAAUAAUUCCACGUUUUCUAAUGGAACAGGUGCUAAUGAUACAGAAACCAACCCAAGCGAGAAACCAAGUGACAGCCCAGUAGAUGAGCCUGAUGAGCUGACUGGGAAGAUAUUUCCAAUAGUGAACACUGGGGGGUUUCCACCUCCUCCUGCUGACAAAGAGAAAUCCAAGGUAGCUAAAAGAGAUACAACUCCGACUGCUACGCAAAAUCAAGGGGUUCGCGCAUACCAAUUCACAGUAUUCCACAAUAAUUCCACGUUUUCUAAUGGAACAGGUGCUAAUGAUACAGAAACCAACCCAAGCGAGAAACCAAGUGACAGCCCAGUAGAUGAGCCUGAUGAGUGGACUGGGAAGAUAUUUCCAAUAAUGAACACUUUUGGGUUUCCACCUCCUCCUGCUGACAAAGAGAAAUCCAAGUUGUCUGAAGGGGGUACAGCCUCGGUUCCAACGAAGAAAGAAGAUAAAAGACCAGAAUGGGUCCCAGAUAUUUGGCAUGGCUUUGACAGUGAAAACCAUGAUUUUGAACCAGACCCAACUAAUAAAAGUGUGAUUGAGGAAGGGGCAAAAAUAAAAGAAAGCAGAGAUGCCAACAUGUCAACCGAGAUGACCUUUUGAUUCUUCUGUUUGUGCUUCUGCCUCAUGUCAAUAAACAUUUCAAGUCUGUUGUGUGA